GCGGCGAGAAAAAAGAGCCUCCGCUCGGGAAAUGACUUCAUACGACACCCAAAACUUAACAACCUCUCCGAUAUAAGCCGAGACUGCAUUACACGCCAUGGCUCCCACAGCCCCCAUGAACAUAAUACCAACCCCGCCGGCACCAGGAGCUGACAACGGAGCACCUCCGCCGUGGCAGCAGCAGCAGUUCCAAGGCGCACCCACGCCUGAGCAGGUCAAGGCGCUGCAAGAGGAGGACAAGCGGAGGGCGGAGAUCAAAGCCCGGGCAGGCCAGCCGAACGCGGGCGUGGGCGAGGUGGUCAAGACGAUCAGCGCCGACGAUUUCCUCAAGGUCCACCAGGCACCAUGCUCACGAGAUGGAUUUCUGCAGGGCAUAGCCGCCGGUGCGGCGGUUGGUGGGCUGCGCUGGGUCAUUGGAGCCCCAAUACCUAAAUCCGCAAAUUGGGCGGUGGGAGCCUUCAUCCUUGCCGCAACAGGCUCGUAUGAGUACUGUCAGUACAACCGGAGACUCCAGCGCGAAAAUAUGAAGAGAACCGUAGAGGUAUAUACCCAAAGAGCAGCCGAAGCGAAAGCGAAACAAGAUGCGAAGAAAAAGGCCCACGAGGAAGCAGAAGCUGCAAGGUUAGCAGCACGGAAGAGCUGGUACAAAUUUUGGUAGUUCCAUCCAUCAGGGCGCAGUUUUGACUAAGGGAUGAAUGUAACGCUAUUGUGACAGUAUGUGUAAGUAUAUAGAGCAUUACAUUUCUGGGCCAUUCAUUGAGCCGCCAGUAUUGAAUAUGGGUAUAUAUUGUUCGAAGAAAAGCACUUUCUUGCAUGUGGCGUAUGCCUAUGCCUUCAUUAGCUAGUCAGCCAAAAAAAA